AUGAAACAUAAAAGAAAACUUCGUUUAAUUUUUCGUUACUUGCCCAGACGUUUAUUAUAUACUUUUAUUUAUGCUGUAUUUAUUGUUUUUCUAAUAUAUUUCUACAAAACAGUUACUGUUGAACGUGUUAAGAUUAGAGAAAAUUCUCAAAAAUUUGCAGCUGAUGGUGUUGAUCCUUUUUUGUCUUAUAGAUCUCUUCCAAAGAAGGAUUGGCUAGAUAAAGGGUUUUAUGAAAAGGAGCAGAAAAGGGAAGGAAAUGGUGAAGUUGGCAAAGGAUUUGUUGUUAAGAAAGAAAAUAAUCAGACUUUGGAAAAAAUUUUGGAUACUCUAUAUCGUGCAAAUGGAUAUAAUGCCUAUGUCAGUGACCAUAUUGCCUUAGAUAGAAGUGUUAAAGAUAUUAGACAUCCUGGAUGUAAAACAAAAACUUAUAUUGAAAGACUCCCUUCUGUUUCGGUUAUUUUGCCUUUUCAUGAUGAACAUUAUUCAACAUUAUUGAGGAGUGGAUAUUCAAUAAUUAAUAGAUCACCUUCUGAUGUUCUUAAAGAAAUUAUUUUUGUGGAUGAUUCUAGCACAAAACCGGAAUUGAAAGAACCUUUUGAGCAACAUUGGAAAGCUAAAAGUUUGGAUAAUAUUGUGAAAGUUGUUAGAACAAGUAAAAGAGAAGGCUUAAUUCGUGCCCGUGCUAUUGGUGCUCGUGCUGCUAAUGCUGAUAUUAUUAUUUUUUUGGAUGCUCAUUCUGAAGCUAAUUAUAAUUGGUUACCUCCAUUAAUUGAACCUAUUGCUUUAAAUUAUAGAACUGUUGUUUGCCCUUUUGUGGAUGUAAUUGAUUGUGAUACUUAUGAAUAUAGAGCACAGGAUGAAGGGGCGAGAGGUUCAUUCGAUUGGGAAUUUAAUUAUAAACGUCUACCAUUAACUGAAGAUGAUUUAAAAUCGCCAACAAAACCAUUUAAAAGUCCAGUAAUGGCUGGUGGUUAUUUUGCAAUAAGUACAAAAUGGUUUUGGGAAUUGGGAGGUUAUGAUGAAGGUUUGGAUAUUUGGGGAGGAGAACAAUACGAAUUAAGUUUUAAAAUUUGGCAAUGUCAUGGACAAUUAGUAGAUGCUCCCUGUUCUCGUGUUGGACAUAUUUAUAGAUGCAAAUAUAUUCCUUUUCCUAAUCCAGGUGUUGGAGAUUUUAUUUCAAGAAAUUAUCGUCGUGUAGCAGAAGUUUGGAUGGAUGAAUAUAAAAAACAUUUAUAUAAGAGAAGACCGGCAUUGGAAACGGCAGAUGAAGGUGAUUUAACUAAACAAAAAGCAGUUAGAGAAAGACUUAAAUGUAAAUCUUUUGAUUGGUUUAUGAAGGAAAUUGCUUUUGAUCAAGAAUAUUUUUAUCCAGCUAUAGAACCCCCAGAUGGGGCUAACGGAGAAUUAAAGAAUUUAGCAGCCAAAAAAUGUGUGGAUACUGGAUAUGAAGGGUCUGGGUCUAAAUUGAAGUUGGAAAAAUGUAAAAGUGAAGACAGUUCUGUUAGAGGAGAACAGGAUUUUCGUUUCUCUUUUUGGGAAGAUAUUCGACCUAAAGGAAGAAAUUUGUGUUUUGAUGUUGCCCAAAAUCAACCAAAAGCAUCCAUUACAUUAUUUGCUUGUCAUGGAAUGAAAGGAAAUCAGGCAAAAAUUUUUUGA